CAAUCUUGGGCACUAGCUACAAGGUUUUAGACACGCUGCAGUUUUGGACAACAUGAGCAGUUCAAAAGGCGAUCUUCCCGCAUUUAAGGAAGAUAUGAAAAAGCUCAACGAGUUGCUGCCUCCAAUAUUAUCAGAUCAGAAAACUCUGGAAAUUAAAAACCUAAUCAAAAGCAUGAGCAAGCACCUCCCAAGUCCUGGCACAUCGUCGGGUAUGCCACACACUGCCAAUCAAGCCAUUACGGGAGUUAAUGCAGCUCUGAAAACGCUUCGUACUCAGACAGAAAAAUUGAGCAAUCUGAUCGAUAGUAUCAACUCGCUGGCCUUAGAGAAAAUGCUGGAAGAGAUGAACAAUGCCAUGAAAACUCUGAAUGGUGAAAAUGCUGGAUAAGGAGUAACAUAUAUAUAUAUAUAGUACAUGAUGAUCAGAGAGAUCAUGAUAUGAUCACUAUAUGUGACCAUCUCCAUAUAAUAAAAUAUAUUAAUAAAUAAUGAGGAGAUGGUCAUUAGAUCACUUUGAUCAUAUGUACUAACUAAUUAGUCUGUAUCAUCUAUAUUAUAUGUUUGUUGUUUGGUGUUGCACUGUGUACGUACGUCGUACGUACGUACCUACUAGUUUGGUUUGGUAUUUAAUUUCAAAACACAUGCAUGCAUGCAAGUGUGUUUCUAUGUUUAUAAUCUAUAUUCAGCGGAUGUCUAUUAACGUCGUUUAUGCUUAAUUGCUUUCUCGUA